AUGUACAGGGGCACACCGCACGACGUAUUGGACAAGCAAAACGUUCUGCACGAAAACAGCGCUCUUGACCUGUUUGAGGGUCCCGUGCCCGGCAUACAUCUCGACGAACCGGCUUUUUUGUCGUGCACUCCCGAUAUUGCACACGCGGCCCGUUUUGUGCACGGGUCGCCCUGCUUUAUACUGCGGUUCCAAAUACCGUCAAAUGUGCGCUACUACUACGACAAGUAUACAAAGAAUGCCAGGGAAGACGAGUGUAUUAUUCAACGGAACACUACUCUCAAAAAUUUCGUUGACUAUCGGGUAUUGAAACACCUGUGCGACCGUGUUGCUACCCUCCUGGAUACCGAGGUCCUGGUUCCUGGAUGA